AUGGCGGACAACGAGAAGAGGGUUUCCACCGGUGGGGUGUCAGAGGUCCCCGACGACCGCAAUCCCCAGCAGCAAUACCAAGAACAAUAUCAAGAACAGGUUAUUGCCGAUUCAUCCUCCGAGUACAAUGAGUCCUUCUCCUACGACCAAGAUGACAUGCGCGACUACCAUGCUGCCGAGCAGGACCUUCACGUCACCGAGGAUGACCUGCUCGAGGCUCGCGAGCUCGCUUCCAAGUACACCCUCGAAGAUGUCCGCGACAUCAUGGGCCGGGUCUACCGCAUCCACGAAAAGGAUCCCAACUUUCCCCUGACAGUUAUCCAAAAGAUCAAGGCCUUCCUCGAGAACGACGAACUUUUUACGCAACCCGAAAAGCAUGAGAACCUGGUACAAGAGAUGAAGCUGGAGGCUGCCCUCAUCACCAACAACAGCCCGUAUGCUGAAGUCCGAGCCGUGGUUGAGAACAAGGAUGACACCUCCAUUCCCUGCUCUACUAUCCGCAGCUGGGCCAUCGGUCUCACAUUUUCGGUGCUCCUCGCAUUCACCAAUCAGCUUUUCGAUAUUCGUCAACCUGCGAUCCGUAUCAUGGCCAACGUUGCCCAGCUUCUGUCGUAUCCCAUUGGCAAGGGCUGUGAGAGGUGGCUCCCUGAUCUUGGAUUCACGUUCCUGGGUGUUCGUCAUUCUCUCAACCCAGGUCCUUUCUCCAAGAAGGAACACAUGCUCAUCACCAUCAUGGCCAACGUCGCAUACAACACCCCGUACACCAACCUCAUCAUCUGGGUGCAGUAUCUGCCACAAUACUUUAACCAGCCAUACGCCUCCCACUUCGCCUAUCAGAUCCUGAUCGCACUCAGCACCAACUUCAUUGGCUACGGAAUGGCUGGCGUCUGCCGCCGUUUCUUGGUGUACCCCUCUUAUUGCGUGUGGCCUGCGUCGCUGGUUACUAUUGCGCUGAACUCGGCCUUCCACACUGAUAACAACAGCCCGGUCCAAGGCCCCUUUGCCAAGAUCUGGCGAGUCUCGCGAAUCAAGUUCUUCUAUGUCAUGUUUGGCGCCAUGUUCAUCUGGUUCUGGUUGCCCAACUACCUCUGGACGUCGCUCUCCAACUUCAGCUGGAUGACCUGGAUCGACCCCACCAACCGCGAUCUCAGCACCAUCACUGGUUUCAACAAUGGCCUUGGCAUCAACCCUUUCCCCACUUGGGAUUGGAAUGUCCUGCUGUGGGACUCGGCCGAUCCUCUAAUGGUCCCCUUCUUCAGCACGUUCAACCGCUUCGUUGGCGCCUUCAUCUCCAUGUGGGUUGUGCUGGGUCUGUGGUACAGCAACAUCUACAACACUGGUUUCCUCCCCAUCAACAGCAACCGUGUUUACGAUCGCUUUGGUGACUUGUACAAUGUCACUCGUGCCAUCAAUGACCGCGGCCUGUUUGAUGCUGAAAAGUAUGAGGACUACUCGCCCCCAUUUUUGGGUGCUGGCAACGUGGUCAUCUACAUCUUCUUCUUUGGCAUCUACACUUCGACGCUGACCUAUGCCAUCCUCUUUCACCGUCGUGAGAUUGUGACUGGAUUCAAGGGUCUUUUCAACAGCAUGAGGAAGAAGAAGUCGACCGGAAACGACGAAAUCCACGACCUCGAUGUGCACACUCGUCUCAUGAAGGCCUACCGUGAGGUGCCCGAAUGGUGGUAUAUGGUGUGCCUUGUCUGCGCCAUGGCCUUUGGUAUUUCGGGCAUUGCUGGAUGGGAUACUCACACGUCUCCUGGUGUCAUCUUUUACGGCCUUGCCCUUUGCCUCGUCUUUGUCAUUCCUGUCGGCAUCAUCAAGGCCAUGACCGGUAUCGAGGUGACACUGACUGUGCUCGCCGAGUUUAUUGGAGGUUCUUUUGUCGAGGGAAAUGCUCUGGCCAUGAACUACUUCAAGUCGUUCGGCUACGUCACAUGCGCCCACGCCGUCAUGUUCUCCAACGAUCUCAAGCUUGCCCACUAUGUCAAGAUUCCUCCCCGACACACCUUCUUUGCCCAGAUCGUGGCCACCUUUAUCAGCACCUUUGUGUGCGUUGGUGUCCUCAACUUCCAGAUGACCCAGAUCCCAGAUGUCUGUACCGAGGACGCCCGCUGGAAGAUGUCUUGCCCCAGCGUCAACACCUUCUUUACCGCCUCAGUCCUCUGGGGUACUGUUGGUCCUAAGAAGAUCUUUGGUGAGAACGGUCUGUACACCGAGGUGCUGAUUGGUUUCCCUCUGGGAGUCGUUGUCGUAUUGGCUGUCUGGCUGCUGAACAAGAAGUUCCCCAACUGGACUUGGACUCGACAGAUCCACCCCGUGGCCAUCAUGUACGGAGGCAUUGUGUGGGCUCCGUACAACAUGUCGUAUGUCUGGCCUUCGGUGCCUAUUGCGUACUUUUCCUGGAUCUACCUCAAGUCACGAUAUCUCGGCUUGUGGUCCAAAUACAACUUUGUGCUCUCUGCAGCAUGGUCCUGCGGCAUCGCCAUUGCCGGAAUCGUCAUCUUCUUCGCCCUUCAGCUCGAGGGCACUGAGCUGAAGUGGUGGGGCAACACCAUCAACUACGUGGGAUGCGAGGACGAUGCUUGCCCUCUUCAGCAGCUGAAGCCGGGCGAGUACUUUGGUCCUCGGGUGGGAGACUUUCACUAG